AUGCACACCGUAACAUUGCCACCAUCAAUUGGCGACCUCAACAAUAUCUCCUCGAUGCGCCUUACUAAAGCACCAUCGCGUGACCCGGACUUUGCGUACCGAUCACUUGCAAUCUCAGCAGAAGACGACGACCCUGUUGUUCGGACACGGUACCGACCAUUCCUACUGCCAGCAGAGUUGGAGCAAAGGGAUUGGGUCAGCAAAUUGGAGCUUGCCACCGUCACGAAAAUGGCCUACGAAGACUUCGAGAAGACCUCAUCCCGACCCAAAGUAUUGGUCUUGUACGGGAGCUUACGGCAGAAGUCCUUUUCCAAGUUCCUGUCAUAUGAAAUAUCCCGCAUUCUCUUCCGCCUGGGCUGUGACGUCCGCGUAUACGACCCGCAGGGCCUGCCAGUCAAGGACGAUACCUCCCACGAACACCCAAAAGUGCAGGAGCUACGCGAUCUCAGCCGCUGGAGUGAUGGUCACUUCUGGGUCAGUCCUGAGCAGCACGGCAAUCUGACCGCUGUCUUCAAGAACCAGAUCGACUGGAUCCCGCUAAGUGUGGGCUCUGUACGCCCAACGCAGGGUCGAACACUCGGUCUGGCAAUGGUGUCGGGAGGGUCUCAGUCUUUCAACAGCGUCAAUAGUUUGCGCAUACUGGGGCGAUGGAUGCGGAUGUUUGCUAUACCUAAUCAAAGUUCAGUGCCUCAAGCGUACACGCUUUUCGAGGAAUCGGAGGAGCAAGAGGGGAUGUUUCGCAUGAAGCCUGGCUCGAAUCGCGAUCGCGUCGUAGACUGUGCGGAGGAGUUUGUCAAGUAUACUCUGAUUGUGCGGCAACAUUUUGAUUUGUUUGCUGAUCGUUUCUCGGAGCGUACGGAGAUGGUUGGUCCUUAA